AUGAACAAGAAGAUUGCUGCUGAAACGCAUGGUUAUGUCGGCUCUGAUAUCGCGGCUCUUUGUUCAGAGGCUGCUAUGCAACAGAUCCGCGGGAAGAUGGAUCUCAUCGACCUCGAUGAAGACACCAUCGACGCCGAGGUCUUGGACGCUCUUGGUGUAACGAUGGAAAAUUUCCCUUUCGCGUUGGGUUCGUCCAACCCAUCAGCACUUCGCGAGAUGGUCGUCGAAGUACAGACCGUCAAGUGGGACGAUAUCGGUGGUCUCGGCAAAGUUAAGCAGGAGUUGCAAGAGACAGUUCAAUAUCCGGUCGAACACCCCGACAAAUUUAUCAAGUACGGUAUGUCGCCUUCAAAGGGUGUGUUGUUCUACGGUCCUCCAGGUACUGGUAAAACACUGCUUGCCAAGGCUAUUGCGAACGAAUGUCAGGCAAACUUCAUUUCGAUUAAGGGCCCCGAGUUGCUUACCAUGUGGUUUGGUGAAUCGGAAGCCAACGUGCAGGAUGUCUUUGACAAGGCGUGUGCAGCUACACCUAUGAACGCAAAGAAGAAUGUGUUCGUCAUUGGUGCAACCAAUCGGCCAGACCAAAUUGACCCAGCUUUACUCCGUCCUGGUCGUCUGGACCAACUCAUUUACAUUCCUCUGCCCGACGAACCUGGACGUCUUGAUAUCCUUCGUGCAGCCCUGAGGAAGUCGCCUGUGGCGAAGAAUGUUGACCUUACGUGUCUUGCAAAGAGUACGCAUGGCUUCUCUGGAGCAGAUUUGAUGGAAAUUUGCCAACGUGCAGCAAAACUCGCGAUUCGCCAAUCGAUUGAAGAAGAUAUCCGUCGAGCUUGAGAAAAGAAAGAGUCAGGCAAUGGAGAUAUAGAAGACGUCAAAGAGGCAGAUCCUGUGCCCGAAACCACGUGCAAACACUUUGAGGAAGCGAUAGAGUUUGCUCAUCGCUCUGUGUCUGACCAGGACAUCCGACAGUAUGAGAUGUUUGCUCAGGUACAUGAGGCAACAAUCGGAUUUUCCUUUGUAGUAUUGGAUCAUUUCCUUUUUCGGACAGGCAUUCUUCGAUGUGUAGGAGGAUGAUAGGUGAUGGUCCUGGCACACAAGCAUGGUAUUCAGCAGCUGUUAAUCGAGUAUAAUCCACCUAUACUACAUUGUUUGCUUGAGCUGCCUUAGAUGGCCCGAAAAAUAAUUAUUCUCGAUUGAUAACAGUGUCUUUGAGAUCCAUACUGUUCAAAUUAUUGAAAUAAAUGAU